CGCUCGACGUUGUCCCGAGAACCUUGGGCCUAGGUCUGAUCGGUUUCCAUGUCGCUUUUGUUGCGAAUUCGUAUGAUUUUGUUGUUGUGCAGAUAUACUGGAACCAUGAAUUGGGUAGUGAAAAUUUCAGGGAGACAACUGAUUUGAUACGGGUUAUCCUGUACCAUGUUUACACUUGCUCCUACCGCGUCCUAACUUCCCGUCUUAGCCUUCUGCUGAGUAAAUGACAAAGCCCUGCUCCUCUUGAACGGUAUCGUGCGAGUGUGGUUUCACUUCAGCCGGUCGUUUCUCGACCCAUAUGUUUGAAGAUAAUAAUGUACAUAGAAGCAGACUUGUUUGUGAGAUGCAUGCAGUAGCAAUUAGUGCUGAAUUCUGAUCAAUUCCAUUGAGUCGCCUGCUCCAGUGUUCACAGUUUAUAUUACUUCUUUAUUAGUUGAGUGGUUAACUUAACUUGAAUUGUGUUUGUCAGGUGACAAAAUGCAGUACCCGAGAGGCAUGGAACGAGAGGACUUCUCCGCCCCAAAGUCACAGAAGAGGAAGGCUGACUAUCGAUCUUUGCCUUCAGGCCAGAUCAAAACGGAAGUUGAGCUGCUGCGGAGGGAGGUUCCACUACCGUCGCCCAAUAUACCGAAGCCACCUAAAAGAAGCUUCAAGAACGAGGCGCGCCCUCCCACGCCGCAGUCUGAUAGAGAUUCACAGCCAGAUUCUGGCCCCGCCGAUGAAUAUCGGGCAUUGCGGAAUAAGUACCUGCUCCUGGAGGAAGAGAACUACGCGCUGGACGAACAGUUAGGCAUGGCAGAAGAGGAAACCAAGACUCUCGAGGAUGAAAAGUUUGCACUCCUGGAUCAGCUUGUUGUCUUGGAAGGCCUUAUGCAGCCUCCACAGCUGAAGCCACAGGGAAGUUUUUCAUAGGGUAUUUCUGCAACUGGUAUUGUUAGUUGUUACUCCUUUCUAGUCGGAGCAAUUGUAGUGGAAAAGAAAAAGCUUUAAUAUCGGGAUUUAUGGAAGCUAUAUGAGGUACCUAUGUGGAGUAUCAGGAUGAAAGAGUGAUACUUCGGAAUGAAAUAGGACGGCAAAGCCCAUGUGAAGCUUGCCUCAUGUUCUGUCCAGGAUAUAUGUACUAAGGGAUUCAUGAGUGAUGCAUUUACCUCUAUACGUGCUG